AGGGAGGCUGGCGAGUUUGCUGCCUGAAGCAUCCGCUUCCCACUGUGCACCUUCCCCACCAGGAGCUGAGCCCCACCGUUCUGGGGUCCUCCUCUGGUGGCAGCAGAGUGUCAUCAAGUGCUCCCCGAGGGGUGGGAGUGGGAUGAGACAUUCUGACAUUCUGAACACAAGUUGAGGGUGCGGAUGGGGAAGAUAAGGGUGUCUCUGGGACCCUGUCCUCAGAUCCUGACUGCCACCAUGGCGUACCCCCUGGAGAAGGCUCUGGAUGUGAUGGUGUCCACCUUCCACAAAUACUCUGGCAAGGAGGGUGACAAGUUCAAGCUCAACAAGUCAGAGCUAAAGGAGCUGCUGACCCGGGAGCUGCCCAGCUUCUUAGGGAAAAGGACGGAUGAUGCGGCCUUUCAGAGACUGAUGAGCAACUUGGACAGCAACAAGGACAAUGAAGUGGACUUCCAGGAGUACUGUGUCUUCCUGUCCUGUGUCGCCAUGAUGUGCAACGAGUUCUUUGAAGGCUUCCCGGAUAAGCAGCCCCGGAAGAAGUGAAUGCCCGUCAUGCGGGUGGGGGGCCUGCCAGCUGGGGUCUCGCCUGUUGGCAGUGGCCACAGGGCCUCACCCUGGCUCCAGCAGGUGUGUGCACGAUGUGGAUAAGUUCAAUAAAGAUUCUUGGAAGCUUUGA